AUGUUAUCAGAAACACAAGUGACGAGUGAUACAAAUUUACAUCAACAUGAAUCAAAAUCAUCAUUAUUACAACUUGUUUCAUCUAUAAAUUCCGAUAAUCUUUUAAAAUAUCGGUCAGAAAAAAAUAUAUUAACAAAGAAAAGAAAUUAUAAUAAUUUACUUCGAAAUUCUCUAGAAUCGAUUAAUGAUAAUUAUCAAAAAUGUUCAAAUAAUAAUUUAAUUAUUACACAUUUUCCCAUAGCAAAUACACCACAAGAUUCAAUACUAAUCACUAAAACAUCAUCGUGUCAAUUACCAGCAGUUCCUAAACAAGUUGAUACAUUUAUUCAUCGUCUUGUCAAUAAAUUUUUUUUAAUGACAAAUAAAAAUCCAAAUGAGAAUAAAAUUUAUCCUAAGAAACAGAUUAAACGAAAACAAAUGAAUAAGAAAUUAAAUACAAGAAAUUUAUCUGAUGAUAGUCAUACUUUUUUAAAUAUUAUUUCAAAAAAAAGACGAAGAACACAACGAAAACAUUCAAAAAUGAUAACAAAUAAUAAUCAACAUUGUACUGUAUGUCGAAAAUAUCGAAAUAAUUUUUCAGUGGUACCAAUAAAUAAAAUACAAGUUUCACCUACAGAUUAUACUGCGGAAUCAUCUAAGAUUACUAAUACUAAUGCGAUAGCAAAUCGAAAAACUUGCUCAAUGUUAACGAGUGAACCAUUGAUAUCAUUAUCUAAGAUUCAAUUAGAAAAAAUACGAACAUUAAAUGAAUCACAAUGUCAAGCAAUUGCUUCAGCAGUUGAACGUAUUUUUGAUAUAUUAAUUUCAAAUUAUCAACUUGUAUGA